CCGGUCAGUGUGGAAGCAGGCAAACGUGUCCAGCGACCUGUGGGAGAAGUUGACUGCACGCUGCGUGGAUCGCCAUAGACACAUGGAGAGGACAUUAGAACGUCUACUACAGAUCCAGGCAGCGAUGGAGGAGCUGGCGGUGGCCCUGGAGCAGGCAGAGGGGGUAAGGGACGCCUGGGAGCCCGUUGGAGAUCUCUUCAUCGACUCUCUGCAGGAUCACAUAGACGCCACCAAGUUAUUUAAGGAGGAGCUAACCCAAGUGAAGGAGGGCAUGAAGCACAUCAAUGAUCUGGCCCACCAGCUGGCUAUCUCCGAUGUCCAUUUGUCGAUGGAGAACGCCCGUGCCCUGGAGCAUCUGAACAGCAGAUGGAAAGUGCUUCAGGCUUCCAUAGAGGAGCGGCUGAAGCAGCUCCAGGAUGCACACAGAGACUUUGGCCCCGGAUCGCAGCACUUCCUUUCCAGUUCGGUGCAGAUACCGUGGGAGCGUGCCAUUUCCCCCAACAAAGUGCCCUACUACAUCAACCAUCAGGCCCAGACAACCUGCUGGGACCAUCCAAAGAUGACAGAACUGUACCAAGCACUGGCGGAUAUGAACAACAUCAAGUUCUCCGCAUACAGAACAGCCAUGAAGCUGCGGCGAGUUCAGAAGACUCUGAGAUUGGAUUUAGUGGCGCUGAGCAGCCUGGUGGACGUGUUUCGGGAGCAGGAUCUGCAGCAGGGGGAGCAUGUGAUGGACGUGGUGGAGAUGAUCCACGGCCUGACGGCUCUGUACGAGAGGCUGGAGGAGGAGAGGUCCGUCCUCGUCAACAUUCCACUUUGCGUCGACAUGUGUCUCAACUGGCUGCUCAACGUCUACGACAGUGCUCGUAAUGGCAAAAUUCGCGUUCUCAGUUUCAAGAUGGGAUUGGUGAGCUUGUGCAACGCAGACGUCCAAGAGAAGUACAAAUAUUUAUUCCGUCAGGUGUCUGGUCCUGGAGGUUUGACGGACCAGCGUCACCUCAGCCUGCUGCUCCAUGAAGCCAUCCAGAUCCCUCGACAGUUGGGUGAAGUCGCUGCGUUCGGGGGCAGCAACGUGGAGCCCAGCGUCCGCAGCUGCUUCCGCGUGGCUCCGGGGAAACCUGCCAUUGAGGUGUCCCACUUCCUGGAGUGGAUGAGCCUGGAGCCCCAGUCGAUGGUUUGGCUGCCUGUCCUUCACCGUGUGGCUGCUGCAGAGUCGACCAAGCACCAGGCCAAAUGCUACGUCUGCAAACAGUGUCCCAUCAAGGGCUUCAGGUAUCGCAGUUUGAAGCAGUUCAAUGUGGACAUCUGCCAGACAUGUUUUCUAACCGGCCGCACUACCAAGGGAAAGAAGCUGCACUACCCCAUCAUGGAGUACUACACACCAACAACCUCGGGAGAGAAGAUGAGGGACUUUGCCAAGACUCUGAAGAAUAAGUUUAGGUCCAAGCAGUACUUCACCAAGCACCCGCAGAGAGGUUACCUGCCGGUGCAAUCGGUGCUGGAAGCCGAGAGCUCGGAGACAAAUGCAUCCGUGAUGAAUUAACGUUUGGCUUCUGUUGUUCCCAGGCCGUGCUCCUCACCAAAGCUGCCCCAUGCGGACACUCACAGCAGGAUUGAACAUUAUGCCAGCAGAUUGGCUGAAAUGGAGAGCCAGAAUUGUUCGUUCUUCACGGAUAGCCUGUCUCCUGAUGAAAGUCUGGAUGAAGAUCAGUACCUCCUGCGUCACUCCAGCCCAGCCCUGGACCAUGACUCCCCCUGCGGACAGCACAUGCUGCUGGCCCACCUGGAGCACCAGGAUAAAGACCAGCUCCAAUGCACCCUGGCCCGCCUGGAGAAUGAGAACAGGGUGCUGCAGAGCGAGUACAGAAGGCUCAAGUGGAAGCACGAAGAGGCAGCGUCGGUUCCCAUGCUGACUGAGGCAGGAGAGGGCGGUCCAGGUUCACCCACGGAGGAGGGGCAGCAGGAUGAGGAGCUCCUGGCCGAGGCACGGGUCCUCCGACAACACAAGACGCGUCUGGAGACCCGCAUGCAGAUCCUGGAGGACCACAACAAGCAGCUGGAGUCCCAGCUUCGCAGGCUCAGGGAGCUACUGCUACAGCCCAAAGAUGACUCGGAGGCCAACGGAUCAGAGCCGUCAACCCUGUCUUCUCCUGUCUCUGGAGGGGGUCACCACGGGGAGCCGGCCAGCAGAGAGACCACUGACACUGAAGCAGCAGGAGAUGACAUGGAGCACGAACAUGACACGGUGCUGCAGCUCCAGGAAGUCAUCGAGCAGCUGAGAAACGUCUUCCCUUCAGAACCGGGCACCACAUCACACAUCUAACCCCGAGUGGGCCUGGAGUGAAAGCCUGAAAGGAAGCCUGAUGGCAGAGGGAGGAGCUCCAUACGGCUGAGGUCGGGCCACAGU